AUGCGCGGGGCAGCGUGUGCGCGAAGACGUCGGCGGUGCCUGGAAUUGCUGGCGUGUUGUUUCGAGUUGGUGGAAGUGGAGCCGGCUGAGUUGGCAGAGUUGCAAACGGCGUAUCGGUAUGGCACACGGUUCUUCCGGAUGCGGCUCCGGGAGGUGGAAGAUGCCGGGUGGGGGUGCGUGCAGCUGGACCCGACUCAGGUGCGUGCGUUGCACGUGAGUGAGUCGCAGCUGGGUGAGUCGCAGGUGGGUGAGUCGCAGGUGGGUGAGUCGGAGUCGGGGCCGCACUCGGGUCGUCGCGUGUGCCUGCACUACAUCACGACCAAGACCGCGAUCCAUGCCCUAGGUGAGCCAACACCGCCGCCGGCGUGGAUUGCAGCGAACGCGAUUUCGUUCAUUAUCCACUCUGCGGAUGAACGCGGGUCGCUCAUCCCGCUCGAUUUCAGCGGCGACCCUGCCAGCGCUGCCUCUUUUUUCCGCGCCCUAUUAACGGUCAGCGCGGGCCAACUGGGCCUGACGCUGGAUCAACUGGAUCCGGGUUGCCUCCAGAAAGCCAGCGAAGUUUUCGUCGCCGCGCACCGCCAGGAGGAAGCUGCACACCGCUGGAUGGAUUCACUGCGGCGGGAAUUCGCACAACCUGGCAAGCGACUCGUAUGCCUCAAUCGGAAUAACUCAACUAGCGAGGAUGUGAGUUCCGAGUAUGUAACGACUACGAACCUGGUUAAAGAGACGGCAACGGCUUCACAAGACGCAACUGCUCAAGCGGUCGCUGUGCUGGCACAAAUGGCGACCAUACGGGAGAUCUGUCGCGGCACUCGGAGCUUUAGCGAACUUUCUCCAGAGCUCCUGGAGGAUGUGGCUGAGGCCAAGAAGGAGUGGGAGGACAGGAUACCAGAUGCAUGCGUUCGUCAGGUCUAA